UUGGAUACACAAGAGGGCAAGGAAGCGGAUGUUGUCGUCUCUGCGAGGGCCCAAACCAGCAAGAUGGCGUCGAGUGGCGGGGAGCUUGGGGGCGUAUUCGACCACCACGUCCAAAAGGCUGUGUGCGACUCGCGGGCCAAGUAUCGGGAGGGGCGACGGCCUCGCGCUGUCAAGGUAUAUACAGUCAAUUUGGAAUCUCGGUACUUAUUAAUACAAGGAGUUCCUGCAGUGGGAGCGAUGAAGGAAUUAGUUGAGCGAUUUGCUCUGUAUGGUGCAAUUGAACAGUAUAAUGCUCUGGACGAAUACCCAGCAGAAGACUUUACAGAAGUUUACCUUAUUAAAUUUCUUAAUUUACAAAGUGCAAGGAUAGCCAAGAGAAAAAUGGAUGAACAAAGUUUCUUUGGUGGAUUGCUUCAUGUGUGCUAUGCUCCAGAAUUUGAGACAGUUGAAGAAACCAGAAAAAAAUUACAAGAGAGGAAUGCUUAUGUAGCAAGAACUACUAAAAAUAAAGAUCAUUACAUGACAAAGAAGCAUAAAGAUACAAAAGAUUUUAGACAGGACUUCUAUUCGAAGACCUCUGGAUUUCCUGCAGCCUCUUUGAACACAUCUACUGGGAACUCAGAUCUUUGUCUUCCUUAUUCCUGUGAGUUGCCUUUGUGCUGUUUCUCCCCCAAAUGUACAUGUUCAUCAGGAGAACAUGUGGACAGAGCACCAAACUCCUCUCAGGAUGGUAGAAACCAUGAUGAAACACUGGAGCAUUGUAACCACUAUGACUCUCUGCAAAAAAUGCAGAUGAAAACUUUGAAAAAUUCAUUGGCUUUCCCUGGCGCACAGAAGGCUAUUACUCAUUCAGAGGCAGUUGACAGAUUUAUGCCUAGGACAACACAACUGCAGGAGCGGAAAAGAAGAAGAGAAGAUGAUUGUAAACAUGGAACUCUUCUUGAAGCAAGCACAAGUAGUAAUGAGGUUAUGAUUGGCCCUCAGUUACCAGACAUUCCUAAAGUAGACAUGCAUGAUGACUCGUUGAAUACAACAGCGAAUUUAAUUCGGAGUAAACUUAAAGAGGUAUUUCAUCUGUGCCGAAGCCUCCAGAGGACAAGCUGGAAGGUGUGCGUGGAAAUCAUCCUUUAAAACAAAGAAGAAGAAUAUAAAUUGUCUGCAGUAAACUAAUAUUUUUAAAGGCCUAUUUAUUUUUUAUUUUUAGGCUGUCAUUUUAAUUCUUAAAGAGAUUUUACUGCUGGUAUUUUUUUUUAAUGCACUCCUCUUUGUAAUUUCAUUCAACCUACUUGUCUCAUAUAGUUUCAUCUUUUAAAACUAGUUUAUCAUGGACAAAAUACAUGCCAGCCAAUUAUGUCCCUUAAAAAAACUAAAACUUUUCCAGAAGUUCCACCCAGUGACUUUGGUUACAUCUUAUUGGCUAGAACUGGGCCCGUGGCUGUUCCUUAUAGAGGAGUCUAGAAUGUUGAAUGUUUGGGUUUCCAACUUCUGUGGUUGAGGAAGCAAGAGAAAAGAGGGUUGUGAAUGGCUGAUUCACAAUAUGUGCCCCCAAAUCUAAGGUUGUUGGUUAACUUAACAAACAAAUUAAUUAAUUAGUUUAUCAUUACUUAUCAUAGAUGUUAUUUUGAUCCAUACUUAAUAUUACAGAAAUCAUUCUUACUACCUCUCACACUGCAAUCACUAUAUGUAAAUUAAUUGAAGCAAAUAUAGAAACUUUAUAAUGUAAAUACAGGCAACCAGGAUCUGUUUCUGAAUUUAAUAAUUUUGAGUAAUUCACAUUCAAAAACUAGAAGUCAGGAUGUGUUGGAAUGCCAGGGCUUCAAAAUCAAGACAAUUCUAUAAAGCAAAAAAGUUAAACUAUUAGAACAAAGCUAAAAUUAGAAGCUUAUAUGCUUUAGUUAACUUCAAAGAGUAAUUUACUUCAUCUAUGGCAGAAACAAAUCAGUAUUUGUAAAUGCUAGACUUUUAUUACCACUACUUUUAGCACAUCCACAUUUUUUUUUUCCUGGCAGUGCAUCACAUAAUUGGAAAUCCAAGUAUGUCCAGGCUGUUUCCUUUUUUUUUUUUUUUUUUAACUGAUAACAAUAACCUAAGGAGGCCCAUACAAAAUGGUGUCUGUUUUUCUCCCUGUCCUAAGGGCCUCUUGCCUAAUGGAUUGAAUUUGAAUAUAAAGGUUAGGAAGUUCCACCUUCAUUUAUGACUUACUGAUUCAAACUUGCUAAGAAGGCACUUAGUUGUGGAUGGUAUUAAAAGAAGCUGCAGGCAAGGUGUCUCUCUGGCUCUACCUCCUUGUGAGGUAAUUAAUUAGAUAUAUAGUUGACCUUUGAACAACACGGGGUUAGGGUUGCUGACCCUCCACACAGUCAAAAAUCCACAUAUAACUUUACAGUCUGCCCUCCAUAUGUGCUGUUUUGUAUCCUCAGAUUCAACCAACCAUGGAUUAUGCAGUACUGUAGUAUGUAUUUAUUGAAAAAGAAAUCCACAUACAAGUGGACCCUCACAGUUCAAACCCGUGUUGUUCAAGGGUCAACUAUACUUUUUGCUGCACUCUCAGUUUAAAAAGUACAUUAGUCACCUCAGCAUAGAGUUGGAAAAAGCAAGUUUCUCUCUGGAUCAGGCUUCUCAGAUUUUAAGGUGCUGUGAAUCUCCACCUUUUGUCUUAUUAAAAUGCAGACUCUGAUGGUGGUGGCAGAGGCUGGUGGGUGGCUGAAAUUGGGAGUUGUUUAAUGGGUAUAGAGUUUCAGUUGUGCAAGAUGAGAAGAGUUCUCGAGAUUGGUUGCACAAUAGCAUGAAUGUACUUAACACUACUGAACUGUACACAUAAAAUUGGUUAAGAAGGUAAAUGUUAUGAUAGGUGUAUUUUACCACAAUACAGCAGAAAUUAGCACAACAUUGUAAAUCAACUAUACUUCAAUUAAAAAAAAAAUUUCUCUGAUAGCCCUAAAGGGAGGAGCUGCUAAGUGGGUUCUGUGUUCUUGAGUGGAUUCCUGAUCUGUGACUGUGUGAAGGCCAGCCCUCCUUGUCCCUGCCAGCAUACACAAAAUUUGACCACAAUGAGAAAAAAUAAACCUUUCUUGUGUCAAGCACUUAAAACAAAAACAAAACCUCUGAUUCAGCUGGUUUGAGGUGGGGUCCGAGAUUCUGCAUUUCUCACAAGUUCCUAGGUGAUACCAUUGCGGCUGGUACACAGACUACACUUCGAAUAGUAAGGCUCUAGAUAACUGGCUUACAGAUGAACACUUGGGGAGCAGCUGAAGAACCAUUGGUGUUCCAUCUGAACCUAAGUAAUUACUCCAAUCCAGUCCAUUAUUCUGAACUCUUUCACCCAUCAGGUUCCCAGACAAAAUUAAAAUGUGAGAAUAAACGACAACGGGACAAGUUAGAUGAGCUGACAUAGCUAAGGAUAGCUUAACAGUAUGCAAAUUCAUCCACAAAAUCACCAUCUAAAUUACUGCAGAGAAUAAAAAGUUUCUUCCUAUAUCAUGUUUGCAAAGCACAGUUGGUCAAAGGAAGAAUUAAGAAAGGAAAUGUUGGCUUCCCUGGUGGCACAGUGGUUAAGAGUCCGCCUGCUGAUGCAGGGGACGCGGGUUCGUGCCCUGGUCCGGGAAGAUCCCACAUGCCGCGGAGCAGCUGGGCCUGUGAGCCAUGGCCGCUGAGCCUGCGCUCCGCAAUGGGAGAGGCCACAGUAGUGAGAGGCCUGCGUACCGCCAAAAAAAAAAAAAAAAGGAAAUGUUAAUUAGUGAAAUUAAUUAUCAGGCUGACUCUUCUGGCUUAGAAAACCUUUGUCAUAUUCAUACUCGAAAAUCCUUCAUGAGCACAAAUAAAAUACUAUAAAGUACUAUACGUGUCCAAAAUUUUAAAAGCUUAAUUUAUUCUCAUUGUUUGACAACAAACAAGAGAAAGAGAUCAAGUUUCCUCCUAGCAGUUUAUGGUGGGUACUUGCUGAAUCCACUCUGUAUUUACUGUUCUAUCCCUUAAGCAAGCCAAUAUACCUCGGGUUUUUUGGGGGAAAACAUUUACAGGAAAUUAGGAAUUGUGUAUGGCUAAGGUGGUUACAAGCUCAAAAAAGGUCUUGAAUAUAAUUAGUCACUACUGUCUUGGGUCCCAAAUGUUAGGAUGGGGCUGAGAUCUUCAUGGUUGCCCGAACUUCAGUAGUGUGUUGAAGUCCUACAGAGGUAAGUGUCUAGCAAGUAUUUCUUUUCUGAUCCUUUGAAAUUUUCCCUCAACCAGUCUGGCUGCUGGCACUGUACCUUUGCUUCUGGUAAACAUGGUCCAAACACUUCCAACAAAAGUUUAUCUUCUUUCACUGCUUUUUCAAAGUCUGCAAAAGAUAUCUUGCCAUUGCUGUCAUAAUCCUAGAGAGGAGAUAAUUUCUUGAUAAAUGAUAGAGUAGUUUUUAAUUUUGCAUGGAAAAUAACUGUCUAGAAUAAAAGAUUUUACCAAGUCAAACUGUAAGUUCACACUUCUGUAGGCACUGCUUACACAAAUCAAAAGGUACUAAUUUAUGGAGGCCACUUACUUUGUUCCUAUUAGUCUAAUAGGCAUACCUGGUAUGAACUGAAUGUUUGUCUCUCCCCACCUCCGAAGGUCAUGUCUUAAAAGCUCUAACCCCUGCAAUAUGAUGAUAUUUGGAGGUGGGGGACUUCAGGAGGUAAAUUAGAUUUAGAUGAGGUCAUGAAGGUAGGGCCCCGUCAUGUUAUUAGUGUCUUUGUGAGUAGAGAAAGACCAAAGCUCCCUCUCUCUGCCAUGUGAGGCCACAUUGAGGAGGUGGCUGUCAGCAAGGCAGGAAGAGAGCCCUCAGUGAGGAAGUGAAUCUGCUGGCACCUUAAUCUUGGACAUCCCAGUUUCUACAAUUGUGAGAAAUAAAUUCCAGUUGUUUAAGCCAGCCAGUCUAUAUUUUGUUACAGCAGCCCAAGCAGGCUAAGAUACCUGAAUUACCUUAGACAUAUAAAAACUCUGUCCCUAACGGACUUAUACCCUAAUUGGGGAAAUAAGAAAAUUAGAGGAAGCCCAUUAUACAUUAUAAUACUUUUGUGAUAAAAUAAGUGCCAAAGAUUUUUAAGAUUUUUAGCUUUGUUUCUCAAAGGAUCUCUUACUUGAGAUAAGGAUAUAAUGUAAAAAGUAUAACAGUGAAGUUGCUUAAUAAGGAGCAAGGCACUGAGAGAACAGUAACAAUUCAAGAUGGACUAGGGUCAUGAGAAGAAGCUUGCAGCUUACUGUUAGGCCGUUAGGGAUGUUUGGGAUCUAGAUAGGUGGAGAGGUGUCAGGAGGAAAUGCAGACGAAUGGCCCAACAUGGAUUAUGACAGUAAGCAGGAAUGCAAGUCAGGAAGAAGACAGACCAGCCUGGAAUGGAGUAUUCAUGACAGGGACUAUGGAAGAUUAAAUCAUGGAGGGAGCAUGUGUGUAGAUUAUGAAUACCUUUAACCGCUUAAUCCAAUUUGGAUUUGAUUUAAUGGGUCCUUGUUUUUUCACUUCUGGGCGUAACUAAAUCAGGGUUGCUGAGAGUCUAGUUUAAAGAAAGGUUUGAAUAAUUUUCAGAAAAAGAUUCACUCCAUAACUUUCUUUCAAAAAAAGAAGGGGGUGGGUGUGGUAGUGGGAAGCAUACUGUCUCUCAAGAAGUCUACCCUCAGCCUUAGCCAUGGCUCUUGAGUAUUUCUAAUGGAAGAGGACAUCCUGAAGUCUGUGUUAGCUGAAUCUGAGACUCGGCAGACCUCAUCAUCUGUUACUUUCCCGAGCUCCAAAGUAAUGGAGGUGAGCUGGGCCCAGGCCACCUUAGAGUCAUAAACCUU